ACACUUACACUAACUAUUCUUAAGUAUUUAAGCUUUGAAUUUAGCCUUACGUCGUCAUACUCAAUUCUAGUCAUUAGAGUCUGAUACUGCUCCAUUGGGAUGCGAUGGUGCGUGUUUCAACCGAUACAGGGGUUCUUCCUCUCCACAAAACAUUGUUCUUGCGCUGUCAAUAUCUUGUACAACAGACGUGAUAGCGAAAUCUAAAUGUCAAACGGGAAGAAUGAAACACUUUUGAUUUAAAUGUCACUUACAAAGACAUCGUACCAUACUGAUAGCUAAUAUUUUGUCACUAGCUACCUACAUCUGUCCUCUGUCAAACACAGUUGCAUUUUCAGCUCUGAACAAAACCGUUCAGGAGUUCUGGUCCAACCGUGACUCCGAACAGCUCCGGUUCGGGCAUAGUUGCUCCACAACGGAACAAGUCCAGACCGAACUCUCCGACCUCAAAUGUUGUGGGUGGGGCAAAGUUAGGCUGGCAUCCAGGCUACUUUGAAUAUAGACAUGAAUAUUAAACUGACGUUUCAUCACAAAAAUGAAAUUAGAAUCAACAGUGUCAUAAAGGUCAUAUUAAGGUUAACAUCACACUUACGGGUUAGUCAACAUAAUCCUAUACAGAUAGAUAGAUAGAUAGAUAGACAGAUAGAUAGAUAGAUAGAUAGAUAGAUAGAUAGAUAGAUACUGUAUUGAUCCCCAAGGGGAAAUUCAAGAACAUUAUUCAAGAACACAGUACAUUAACAAACUAUUAUAGAGGUAUAAAGAAGCCUCUUUAGCUAACAGCACUGAUAUUUUAAUAAUAAUUGCGUUAGAAAUUAUAGGGUCAAGAGGAAUGGUUCAAUAGAUAGAUAGAUAAAUAGAUAGUGUCAUUUAUCAAGAGGGAAAUUAUGUCUCUACAUUUUACCCAUCCUUGGUUAGUGAACACACACAAAGCACACAGCGAGUAUUGUGAACACACAAACCUGGAGCAGGGGGCAGCCACUGCUGUGGCAGCUAGAGGGCACAUGGGGGUUAGAUGCUUUGCUCAAUGGCACCUCUACCAUGGAUGUGGACAUGGGAGAGCAAUAUCAGCCAAUCCCCCGCCUACAUUUUUCCUACCCUUUGUUCUUUCUCUCUAUCUCUCUUUCAAUUUCUCUUUCUUCAAUUUUUCACAUCAACCAUCUCUUAUCUGUUUUGUCACACUCUCUCAAUUUCUCUGUCACCCUUUUUACUCCUUUCUCAGUGCCCUUCUUCUCAUCUCUCCUCAUUCUAUCACUCAUUUAUCAGAUGCCGCUGAGAGCAAACUCUUUAAAGAUUUCCCACCAGAGGUGAUGACAGCUCUGGCAACUGAAAACAUCACAGUGAAUUUUCAUAAGUGGAGCAUCUCCAUGGAGAAUUUCACCAAGAGCGAAGAGCUGAGAAACUUCUACAAAAUCUUAAGCACCAAUACAGAUGGAAACAUAGAGUUCAUUUCAACAAUGGAGGCAUAUGACUAUCCUAUAUAUGGAGUCCAAUGGCACCCUGAGAAAAAUGCGUUCGAGUGGAGUCAGACAUACUACCCUCACACACCAUCUGCAAUCAAAACCACCUUCUACAUGGCAGACUUCUUUGUCAAUGAGGCAAAGAAAAACUUACAUUCCUUUGCCAGUGAAGAGGAGGCGCUGAAGCAUCUGAUCCAGAACCACAAUCCAGACUUCUCUGGUGCCGAUGGCUCUUCUUUCCUACAAAAGUAUUACUUUGAGUAAACCAAAAUAAAUGUAUGUUUGUUGUGGACAUAUCAUAAAUAAAAAAAAUAAAAAAAU